AUAACUUACGACCUCACGAUGAGCAAAAUACAACGUUGGUUGUGAGGUUGUUGUCGUUAAGUUAUCCUCUCCUGUAUAGUUUGCAACAUAACAUGAAAUAACGUAGUUUUGAAGACCAAUGACGCCGUUAGACUCAGAUGAGGAUAGCCCGGAGCAGAUGGAAGCCUAUCGAAAUGAACUGAGACAGCUAUUGAAUUGAGAGGGCAGAUCUAAGGCAGGCAGGGCAGACCAUGCACAGAUCAAAGGCAGCAGCUGGAGUUCUCCUUACUGAACAGAGGGCCAACCAGAGUAUUCAGCUGCUGAGCAGCACACUGGAACAGCUGAACCCUGAUGGAGGAGAGGUGGAGGAGGUCGGAGUCAGUGACGGCAGGUUCUUUUCCCUUAUUGCAGAGGAGGACAAGGCAACAUGGAACCAAAAGACACAUAGUGAAGCAGUUAACCAGCUGAAGAGCCUCCUACUGAAGCAGUGCAAAGACAUCCCUGCUUCGCUCUCUCCUUCAAAGAAACUGUCUCCACCCAAGAGAGUGCAACACGAGGGAAGGUCCACUUUGCCUGUCUUUCAGGAUUUGGUCCCAGUGAUUCACAACCAAUCAGAAUACAUUCAGCACCUGGAGGCGGAGGUCAAACUCUGCAAGGAAGAGCUGCAGGAGCUGAAGCAGCGGGUCAGAGUGGUGGUGGUGGAGAAUGAGAAGCUGCAAUCAGAUCUCAAAUCCAAAUCUGUGAAUGAAUCUCUGAAGGACUACACGAUCCACAACUCCACGGUGAAUGAGAGUCUGGCAGCCAAAGGCCACAUUACCUCUAAUAUAGGCCACAGCAUGCUGCAGAGAGCUGAACAAACCUCAUGGAAAAAUGAGCUGGAACAAUUGAAAGUGAUUCACCAGGCCCAGGUUGAAAGUUUAGAUGCCCAGGUCAUCUCCCUAAGGAAGGAUCUGUCAGUCAGUCAGAAAGAGUGUGAGGAGGUGAAGGUUCAGCUGAGACGCAAGGAAAAGCAAGCUGCCGAUGCACGGAGAUCUGAUGGAGUUCCACGUGUGGCGGGGCUGUGUAUUAAGUGUGCUCAACACGAAGCGGUAUUGGCUGGGACUCACACCAAUCAGCACGUCCAGGCCAUUGACAGACUCACAAAAGAGCGUGAUGAUUUAUUGGUGGCUCUACAUGCUUUGAGGACAAGUAAGCAGGAGGCGCAACAGAGAGAGUGGUCUUCUUGUCUCCAGGUCAAACAGGCUGUGGAGAUGGCGGAAGUAGCACAGCUACAAAAAGCUAGGGUGGAGGUGCAGUGUGAGCAGUUGUCCAGGGAACUGGCUCGACAGCGGGAACACUUGGAACGAGAGGCGCACGCUGUGCAGGGGAGGCUGGCUGAGGCCAGAGAGGAGGCUCGAGCAGAGGCCCGCAAACAGAAAGAGGAGCUAGCACAUACAGUGUCCAGCCUCUCCCAGCGUGUUGCAGAAUUAGAAGGGCAGCUUGACAGAGCUCACAGAGACAAAGGCUCGCUGACCAAUCAGCUGGAAGAUGCUCUUCAGAAGCUUUCCAGUCAAGAGCAUGACAAUACCAAGAUGUGUGUGGAGCUGCGAUAUCAGCUCAGUCGGGCCCAACUGAAAAAAGAGGAGGCAGAGAGAGAACUCAGAGAGCUCAACACCAAGACCAGCAGGCAGAUGGAAAAAGCUGCACAGGAAGUGGAAAGGCUGAGCUCAGAGCUGGUUGGCUGUCAGCAGCAUCUGGAGGCGGUCCAAAAGGACGGGAGCCAAUGGCAGGCUGAAGUCCUGAGCCUAGCAGAACAACUGGCAAAUGACCAGCGCCAACUGCACCUCACCAGACAAGACCGAGAGAGUGCAGAGCGUGCUCAUCAGGAGGAAAUGACAUCUGCAAUCCUUUCAGCCCAGGAAAGGGAAAGAAAGCUGACUGCGCUGCUGGAGCAAACAGAGGCUCAACACCAGCAGAGAGUUGACGAGCUUGACGGUCUGCUGAGUUCCCAGAAUUCCAUGAUUCGGAAGCUGAAGGAGGAAUGCUGCACACUGGUGGCCAAACUGGAAGAGCUGACAGAAAACAGCAGGAGUGAACUGGAACAGUUGGCCAUGGAGAAGCAACACCUAGAGAAGACAGUCAAAAGUCUUAGAGCUCGCUGCUCCAACAUGGAGGAACAGUGUGUCCAACACGGCCACAUGCAUCAGAGCAUGAAGGACAGGCUGCAGCAGUUGGACCGUUCCUGUCACAGCAGCGCCCAGCAAGUGUGUGAGCUGCUGGCCAAACAGAACCAGCUGAUACACGAGAGAAACACACUCACUCAGGAGCUGCACAACCUACGCUCAGAGCUCCCACACAUGAGAAAAGUCCAUACGGCCACAUGAGUGUCCCGUCUGCCUCCUCUUCAUCUCCCCCUUUCUCUUCUGCAGGUGAAGAAAGACAGAAACUACAGUAUGUGCACUGUGUUUGUUAUCUUAUUUUUUCACUUGAUGUGAGUGGCUUGUUGCACUUUAAUAGUUUUAAUAGUAGAAUGAAAUAAAAUAAUCGGUGAACCAAAUGCCCUGAUACAACGGCCUUUUCAUUAUAACAAGUGUUUCAUUUGAGCCUUAAAUCUUCAUAUUUCUUAUUUGGUUUAUUUUUUCAUAUUAAUUGAGCUGGAAAAAAAGGCCACGAAAAGUAAGACAAAGAGUCGACAGCGUCGCUGCAGAUUGACAUAGUGCUUUAUUGAAGCCGUCUGUAAGAAGGAAAAUAAUGUGC